ACGACUCCCCGUACCUUAAUUCGUGUCCAAUGCGUGAGACCGUGCAUGAGAGUUACCUGCGUGGGUGUGCGUAGAUGAGCCUACCUGACGGCGUCCGACACGCAGUUGGAGCUCUUCUAUCUUCACCGAUAUAUCGGCGCGGCGCGUUAAUUUUUUUGUACAGUUUUUAAAGUUGUUGUUGUUUUUUUUUUUUUACGUUUUUGAUAAAUUUUUCAUAUUUGAAAAAUCUAUCGAAGAAAGUUAAUCGUCGAUAGAACGUUCGUUGAUUAAAAUUUCGCGGAUCCGCGGUGUCUGAUAUGCGCCAAGUGAUAAGGUGUGCGAGCCUCCGUAAUAUCGGUAUAAGAAGUGAAUGUGGAUUAUAGAUAGAUAGAAUGUGCCAGACCGAAAGUCUUGGUGCAUUGCUCUUAGCCUGGACCAGUGAACCGAUCUUGUGUGAGUGAUCUUGAUACAGUGGUUUUCGGUAGUGCGUGUUCCGCGUUCUACUGUUUCUUGUAGAAUAAGGCGCACCUUGAAACGCCUCGAGAAGAAGAGGAACACGGUGAAUUUUUUUCCUAACUUCCGACUGGAAAUGUGAUCGAACUAUAGCGGAUAAUUAAAAAAAAAAAAUCCGCCGAAAAGGAACCUCCAGAAUGCCGACUGACCUUGUGGUUACGUCGGUGUCCGAGGACGUCGGUCGGGGUCGCGAGCAUCUGGGACCUUCGUCCAGAUCGGGCCCGACGUCAUCCGGUUCGUCGUCGGGUGCCGGACCUUCGUCCUCCAGAAAUUUCGAUCCGUCGGGUGCGCUCGCCGCCUAUCAUCACCAUCAUCACAACCUGGUAGCGGGUCUGGGUCAUCCUCAUCAUCGAGAGUCGUCAGCCUUCGUACCCGUGGUUCCGUCGCGUCUUCACCUGGCCCCGUAUCCCGGCGAGAUGCAUUCGCAUCUCUCCGGCGCCGGUUCCUCGUCGACGACGUCGAGCGGCGACCGCGAAGGUCCCGAAAACACCGCCAGAAAAUCAUCGUCGAGUUACGAAAUAAUGGCGAUGAUGGCCGAUAAGAGAAAAGAGUUAGCCGCCAGGGCGCUGCUCCUCCCCCCACCUCCGCUCCUGGAACCACCCCCUGGAUACCCCGUUUUCGCUGGUCCUUUUCCGGGAGGAUCGACUCUUUAUCCGCCCGGAGGACCCCUAGCUCAUCAGCACCUGGACAGACGACUCCUCAGGGCUCCGGGACGAGCUUCGAGACCGAAAAAACAAUUCAUAUGCAAGUUUUGUAACCGACAGUUUACCAAAUCUUACAAUUUACUGAUCCACGAAAGGACUCAUACGGACGAACGACCGUACUCGUGCGAUAUAUGCGGAAAGGCGUUUCGCCGACAAGAUCAUCUCAGAGAUCAUCGGUAUAUCCACAGUAAGGAAAAACCCUUCAAGUGCGGGGAGUGCGGCAAGGGCUUCUGCCAGAGUCGGACAUUGGCGGUUCACAAGAUCCUCCACAUGGAAGAGUCGCCCCACAAAUGUCCGGUUUGCGCCCGAAGUUUCAACCAGAGAAGCAACCUGAAAACUCACCUACUCACGCACACGGAUCACAAGCCAUACGAGUGCACGUCGUGCGGGAAGGUCUUCCGCAGGAACUGCGAUCUCAGAAGACACGCGCUGACGCACGCCGUGGGCGACGUUCCGCCCGAGGCCCUCGAGGAAGCUAUGAGGGACGACGACAGCCCCGAAGAAGAUUGCGGCCCCGAAUCCGGUCCCUCGUCUUCUUCGAACGCUCCCUCUCUACCCGGACCGUCCUCUUCGACGUCCGCGUCUUCCUCGACGACCGGGAACAACGGCAGCAAUAACCCUUCGUCGAGCUACCCCCCUCCACCGCCCCAACCCCCCAUGCAAAACAGACCUCAGUUGCAAAUAAGACGGGAUUUGCUUCAAGUGAAACCCUCGUCAACGAUGACGAGCGGGGGUGGACUUUCCUCCCUGCAAAAUCCACCUCCUCCGCUUCCCCCUCCGCCACCUUUAAUCCUCACUUCUUAUCGGCGGCGACUCGGCUCCCCGGGACCUUCCAGAGUCCUUUUGGAACUUCAGGAGCGCGAGCGGGAACGGGAACGCGGAAUCGAGAGGGAACUCGAGAGAGACAGACAGAGAGAGCGCGAACGAGAACGGGAACGCGAAAGAGAAAAGGAAAGAGAAAGAGAAAGAGAACGGGAACGGGAACGGGAGAGAGAAAGGGAGAGAGAACGCGACAGGGAGAGAGAGCGAGAAAGGGAACGCGAAGAAGAAAAUCGACCUCCCAGAGCUCCGACUCCGCAACCACCUCCGCCACCUCCUAGACCUGCCCCGGCGAGGCAGGGCUUCACUAUCGCCGACAUAAUGCGUCGGUAGGAUUUCCCGAAGGAUAUAAUGAUAGAGAAGAAUCGGUAUAAAACCAAUCUUCGGAGCAAUCGAAUCGAAGGAACGGAAAAAAAAAAUAAAAAAUAAAAACGCUCUGUCGCUUCUCCUACCUGCAGCAACAAUACGGCGCGUCGUGAGAGCGUUGAAGAGAAAAAAGUCUUCGGAUGCCGAUGACCCUGCAAGAAGAGAAAAAUGAUUUUCAGUUUCGUAGAAAAAUUUGCAGCAUCUUUUUUACAUCGCCGUCGUCGUGAAUGAUUCUUUGGGGGGACGGGGGAAAAAGAAGAAGAAAAAGAAAAAACGAUCACAGAAUAGAUUUUUCGGUAUUGAAAACGUGUCUUCCGCAAACUGGCAGUGUGCUAAUUUAGUGUUGAAAUUGACGAACAGUCCUGAAUUACGGCGAACUAAAAAUCGGCACCUGCACAUCUAAUUUCGGCAGUCCGUCCACGCCACGGGUAAAGUGCUUUAUUGUAAUUAACGUGUAGCGCAGUAUGAACUGCCUAAUAGAGACAUUUUAUAUAGACGAAACGAAAAAGAAGAAGAAAUUGCGUGUAUAAUUUUUACAUCCCCUCAUUUUUUUGGGAGGACGUAUACGAGGUGUAUUAACAUGCGAUGUUUCAUCGAGAAACGUACUCAAACGCGCAGCUUAAGCUCAACGAAACAACGUAUACAUAAGAGGAGAAGUAUAGAAAAAAGAAAGAAUUAAUUACACAAAUACGUACAUACGACCAAGAAUAAAUCAGAAACCAGCCAUUUCUGUGUCAUAAAGUUAGAAGUAGAAAAAGAAGAAGAAGAAGAAGAAAAAAAAAACUAUUUACACACCUAUUUUUGUGUACGAAAACUUAAUGAAUAAUUCCGACGAACCGCGGACGAAAUAAGCGUUCGACGGUUCGAUAUAUAAACGCGUUUUUAGUGCUCAAGUAAGUUUGAGGAGGCAAUGAAUCAGAGAUACGGUAAUAAUAAUUCAUCGUUUUCGCCAAAGUUAGUACGAUACACGUACUGAAAUUACGUCGCGACACCUACCCAUCGCGCGUCUAGGUAACAUUUUUCCUCAUCCUCUCGCCGCUUCCAGCUCUCCAGUCUCUUUGUUACAUCGUUCCAACCGGAAUCGGGAAUACAUGUAUACGUAUAAGCGACUUUUUUCGUUUCUGUAUUGUGUUUGAUGCAAAUUUAACGGUCACGUGGUGGAACUACCUGUGCCACCGUAACGGUGGCAACCGGCAGGUGCAAUACGUUUGGGUUUUCGGAUAUACACUCCGCGGUUAUAUUUUUACCUGCUUCUCCCCGCAGCUUCCCUGGUACCCCGAUCCCGCAGCGCUCUUUUUUCCAUCGUCUAAAAAUAGGUACAUCCCGACCCUUUCCGACGAUGCCAAAACUUUUUCGGUUUUCAAUAAUUUUUUUUUUUUCUCCGCUUUUUUUCUAUUUUCUUUUUUUUUCUAUCCCGAUCUACUUCUACGUGAAAAAAAGGGGCGGCUUUCCGUGUUCUUUGUCCGUCGGAUACACGUGUUUUAUGUCGAGAACGAGGCCGUCUCGAAGCUCCGAAUCGAACUAUAACUUCCAUCUAUCGAACUGACGUUAACAAUUUAUGUGUGCGAUCGCGUUAGGCCGGCUAUCCUGCCCCCAGGACACAGCUGGUGUGGUGUAUCGACUAAUAAUAUUCUCGAACCCGUCGUUAUAUUCAUAAGGGAUUCGAUCUAGAAAACACAUUUCUUCUGCCUCUAAGACGAGAAAGUUUUAGUUUUUAUUGCGAUCGAUUUUUGAAAAAAAUUUUGAGCUGCGGUGCAGAGGGACCAGAUAAUAUUUAUGAAUAAAAUUUUUGCGUUGCCAUCACAACGCGUCGUGUGAUAUCUGAUGAUAGUGUUCGAUAGGAAUUAUCCCUGACCUGGGCAAUCGUGCACAAGGAGGCGGGGAAAAGAAAAAUUGUAACUACUGUAGGUGACUGAGAAUGUUGGAAAAAAAAAGAAAAGAAGAGAACCGAAUGAAUGAAAAAUUGUGAAAAUGAAAGAGCAGUGAACGUCAUCGAAAAUAUAGGGACUUUAGAAGCGUAUAAUAUGAAUACCUAUAGUGAUAUCUACGUACAAGGGGAUAAGGCUGAUGAGAAAUUGAAAAAUUUUCAACCGAUUCCCCGAUUUCCUGUUAUUUCUUAAAUCCUAAGUUUUACACUACACUAUAUAUAAGAUGAUUAUGUUAUAUUUUUAGAUUUAUCGUUAAGCAUAAAAUAGAUGAAUAAAA